GUGGGAGUCAGUGACAUCUCAAAAAGGCAGGAGCUGUUUGAGAGAAACCUGUCAGAGACCAUUGUGACCUGGUCAAUCUGCUCACUUGUGUGGUGCAUCCUGGAAACAGAAGUAGAAGUUACUUGCUGCAGCAAGGUAGCAAUUCAAAGUAUGAAGACUGUAAUUCUGCUGCUUUGUCUCCUAGGAACAGCAUUUUCUUUACCAGUGCGACAAGCUGGAACACUUCCUGUGAGCAAUAGCAGAGAGAUACUGCAACUAAUGAGACUAUACAGCUCCUUGGGUAACAUUCCACAGCAGACCCAGCAACAGGUAAACCCUGGAUUGGGACUGCCACCAGCACAACUGCUUCCUGAUCAGACAGCAUUGCUAGCACAACAGGCAAAUCAGGUCUUCCCUACUUUAAAUUUCAUCCCAUUAACAAGGGUAUGGCCAUUUGGAGCAGAUAUCAAUCUAGUGAAUGGUGCAGCAGGAGGGGUGCCAAUUACACAGACACUGCCAACAGGAGCAGGUGGAGCGAAUACACAACAUCUGGUGCCGCAACAAGGAGUGCUUCCACUUAUACUAGGACAAAUGGGGCCACAGGGACUAGGUGUGAGCUCAGAGGAAAUGCAAACAGAUGCUCAGAUCCUCGCUGGAUUAAUUUUACUUGGAUUGCAAGGACUUCUCCAAGCAAAUCAGGCAGUGGCCAACUCAGAGGGCCUGGAUAUAGUUUUUCCAGCAGGACAGACAGGUGUGAAUCAGGGCUCUCCAGGUCAGCUACCAUCUCCUGAGGGUACAGCAGAUAUGUCUGGUGCAACUCUACCUGCAGGCAUCAAGAAGGGGUCACAAACCCCUGAGAGCAUCACUGAGGCAGCCAGUGGGGUGUACACCACUCCACCUGGCUUUAGACAGCUGGAUUCUGAACAAGUGACAGAUGCAAUUUUUGCAGAACCUGCCAUCUUGCUGAACAUGGAAGCAAAUGAAAUCCAGGCACCACCCACUACUGACAUUGGGACUGGAACAGUACAUUCUAUUAAUCUCCAUACACAAGGAUAUGAUAAUAAGAUAGGUGUAUCCCCUGUGAGAGGAGACAGAGCCCUCCCACUAGCUAACAUAGAUGUUAAAGCCCUGAGAGAGUAUAAGAGUAGAAGUGCCUAAUGGCAUGCCAUCCAUGUGUUCAUCAUAUAAAAAAAAAGUUCCUAUUUCUGUAAUUCUUAGUGCUAGUUCAAACCCAAUAACCACUGUAACACAGACAACAGGUUAAGAUGCAGCAAAAUCAGAUGAUGACCAUAGUUGGCAGCUUCCCUAUAUAUUUUAUUAACAGGGAAAUACAUACCUAAAGGCUGCACUUCAGUUUAUGUAUACAAAUAGCUAUCAAUUCAACUUCAUGCUUCAUAGAAAAGGCACUCCUACUUAUAGGAAUUGACUAGGAUGUUAAAGUCAAAUUUCCUAAUACAGUGGAAUUGAUUUUAAUUGUGAAGCUGCUCUCACAGACUCGACUAUCUUUUGGGAGCACAGCAUGCGUGAGUGAAAUCACACAUCCCCCAUAGAAUAUUUACAGUAACAGUGGCUAAUUCUGUGCUCUGUUAGAGUAAUCCAUGGGGCAUAACCCAUAAACAGCCUUGUAAAAUGUGUCAGGCAUAACAGCCCAGACACUUUGAGGCAUCUCCUUUAUAUUAAAAUCAUUGGGAGUUAGAUACCUUUGAGGACCUCAGCCAAUUCAGAUAGGUCUUCUGGGUAAGAAGUCUAUUAAGCACAAUAAGCCAGAUUCCAUAUUGGUGUAAACUGGUGUAACAGGAUGGCACUCAAUGGAAUUAUGCUUUUUAUAGUAGCUAAGGAUUUGGCACUUUUCCUGUGAGAGUAUAAAAUGGGACUUCAUUCAGCAAUCUGAUGGGCCAUAAAUUCUCCUUUCUCUAUCUGAAUUUUCAGAUUCUUGGGAGUUGUUAUUACUUUUAUGUCUGAACAUUUUUCAUAGGCAAGAGCAGUGAAGUAUAAAGCUAUGUACUCAAAUGCAAUAAAGCAGAAAAAGAUGCCAUAAUAAAGAUUCUUUAAAGGGCA